AUGGAGGAUAGCCGUACGUUCUUGUACUUUGCAUAUGGUAGCAACCUACUGAAGGAGCGACUGCAACUCAAGAACCCCUCGGCGGCAUUGCACUGUGUGGCCAAACUGAAGGACUAUAAAUUGGUAUUUGGUAACUAUAAAGGCCUGGUCAGUGAGCGGUGGCGCGGAGGUGUGGCAACCAUAGAGCACAGUCCAGGAGAUGAAGUGUGGGGUGUGGUGUGGAGAAUGAACGAGUCUGAUAUGAAGUCUCUAGAUAGUCAAGAGAACGUCAUGUUGGGAGCAUAUACGCCAGUGCAAAUAUCUGUAAGGACGAAAGGCCAGGAGCUGAGUUGUCGCACCUACGUAAUGAACAGCUGCGUAUAUGCCCCACCAUCACCACAGUACCUACAAGUUAUUGUGAUGGGAGCAGAGCAAAACAGACUGCCAAAGGACUACCAGGAGAAGCUAAGAGCCAUCGAGACCAACAAUUAUGAAGGUCCACUACCUCUGAUGGCUGAAGUGUGUAACACAUUGAGCAUGGCGAAAAGAAAGAAGACCAAA